CAUCGCUUUCAGUGAUCAUCUAACCUAAAAGCAGGUUAUGAAUCUCAUUCUUCUCUCUGGUUUGGACACUUUUAAUAUUGUGCGAAAAAGUUUCCGCAUAUAUUUUAAAUUAUCAGUAAAUGCGCGAGUAUCGCAAAAAGAGAAGUCUACAAUGUACAAUAAAUACCACAAAUCGAUAAUGCAUAUGUUUAAUUUAAUAUUUUAUUGAACUUGUUGAACUAUUUGUUGCUGCUGAUACAAGCAUUUACCAUGCACGCGACAAAAUUGCAAAACGUAUUUUUGGGACAUUUUAAGCGAGUCAACAUUAAUGACACUUAUUUUAAUGUAUUAUCAAAUACAUUCUCUCAUACUACGUAUAAUAAUUACAGUACGUCUUUUCGUACAAACAUUACUCAAGACUUAACUUUUCUCAAUCAACGAUUGGUGUCAUUAAAUAAUGCCAAAGUUAGGCAAUAUAGUUCAAGACUACAAAAUAAUUUUUAUUACGCUUCUCAUCCUCAAAUUAUUUCUCCUGUAAUUUCGCAUAGUGACAGGAGAAAAAAGCGUAUAGGAUGUAAAACUUAUAGUAGUCAAUAUUAUAAUGGUAUUAGAUGUUUUUCAAGUGCUAGCGUUGAUCCUAUCGCUGAAAAUCAAGUUCUGAUGCAAUUCAGUGGUAUCUUCAAAAUGUUAUCGGAGAGUACGCAUGUUAAAAUUGCACAAGAUUCUUUAUUGUGGAUGCAUGAUUAUACUGGUUUGCCAUGGUGGUCAGUUAUUGUACUUACCACUAUUAUGAUGAGGACAGCGAUAACAUUACCGCUGUCUUUAUAUCAGCAACGUAUAUUUGCAAAAUUGGAAAACCUUAAAUAUGAAAUGGAUGAAAUAAUUAAAGAAAUGAAAAAGGAGACAAGUUAUGGGAUAUAUAAGUAUAAGUGGCCCAAGGAUUAUGCUAGGCGUUUAUACAAUCAUUCUGUAAAGAAACAAUGGAAUAAUUUGGUUAUUCGAGAAAAUUGUCAUCCAGUUAAAGCUAGCAUAUUGAUAUUAGUGCAAAUACCUUUAUGGAUAUCACUAUCAAUGUCUAUUAGAAAUUUGUGUUAUAUGUUACCUAAACAGGAUGCUAAUGCUUAUACCAUUUAUCAGGAAUUUAUAACUGAUGGAUUUCUUUGGGUUACAAACUUAACUGUAGCAGAUCCUUUUGUACUUCCCAUUGCAAUGGGAUUAUUCAAUUUAGCUAUUAUAGAGAUAAAUUAUAUGAGUAGGAUAAAAGAGCUAACAAAAUGGAAGCAAUAUUUGACCUAUUUCUUCAGAAUUUUUACGAUUGGUAUGAUUCCCAUUGCUAUGUAUGUACCAUCGUGCGUGAGUUUGUACUGGACAACUAGCAGUGCAUUUGGUCUUUUACAAAAUUUAAUCUUAUUAUCUCCGAAAUUACGUCGCUUCGCAGGAGUGCCGAUAACUUCUUCCGAAUCACCUCAUCCGUAUCGGUUAUUGAAAGAAAGGAUAAUAUCUAGAUGUUGUUUUGAAAGAAAAGUAAAAAUUUCGCUGAAGACAUAAAUAUGUUUUCGUAUUUUUCAUGUCAAUCACUU